ACUAUUAUUCACAAUCUAAUAUAUUUACAGGAAUAUACGUGAAGGAAACAAUCUUGUAUCGACCAUUAUUCACAAUCUAACCAGAGCGUCGGCCAGUGUCAAGUACAUUGUUCAAUGCUAUUCCUUAAACAAGAUUUAUCAUGCAGAGGCUAAAGGAAACUUCAUCAGUAUUGUCAGAUAUAUCAUGGGAGAUAUAUCAAACCUAAUACAGUUAGGAUUAUCUCAGGAGUUGUUGAUGGAUUUGUUGACCCAGUUUUCCCAGUUGAUCCUCAUCCAGUCCCCCAGCAUCGAGAUAGAGGUCCAACAGGAUAAGGAUGCACAGAGACGGUUUAGGGAGGAUCUAGCACUGUCCAGAGUUCCCAAUACAGGAUAUGCAGUUGGUGCUCCUCCUCUUCCUUCUCCAUCUAGGGGACCUCACACCCCUCCAGUUCCCUUCAGUCCUCCCAUUCAAUGUCCACCUUCUCAGGGUAUAGGAGAACCAGAGAAGAACUCGAGACCAAGAUUCCCAAUUCAUUGUAGCCGGUUCAAAUUCAUGUCCUUCUGCAACCACCUGGAUAGAUCCAAGUAUCACGUGCUGCGUGACCGACAGCGGUUACUCGGAGAUUUUGACGCCUACCUUCUGAUCGGCCUCGACCUUCUAGAGGUCGGAGAUGGACUGUCCUCGAAUCUAAUCAUUCAGUUGGGGGUGUGUCUACCUGAUGGUUCCAAAAUGAUGUACGCUUCCUACCCUGAGAACAACGAGAUCGGAGACAACUGGAUGCGGAAGCAUGGUUAUACGUCGGAGUACUUCUCCAAGGGGAACAAGAAGAUCAGGAUACUGACCCAGAAGCAUAUGGCCAGUUCCUUCCUCUGGGAUCUCAAGAACAUCCUGGGUAGGAAUGACAAGGACGGAUUGAUCAUAACUGUUCUCCAGAUGGAGAAGCUGAUCGGAUUGAUCAAGUUCAUAGUGAAUCUCGGAGAGGAGAUGGUGACUGAGUUUAUGAAGAUCUUUAAGGGAUACUGCAUCCUCGAACCGAUUAUACGAACUGUCUGUUUGACCCAAGACGGACCUAUCGUCCGGGUGAGCAAUUCACUUGCGCUUCAGAUAUUUGGGUUUAGUCCGACCACGUACUGUGACGAUAUGGCCUCCAACCUGUACAGCAUGGCCUCUCAGCUGGACAGCGAGGUCAGGAGGAAUGUUGGCGCUAUCAGUAGCCAGCUGAUGAAGAUAUUCAAGGAUUUUACAGAAGAUCUUAAAGAAAUGGAGGGUGUUACUGAUGCUAUUUAUCAAGCUCUGAAAGGUCAAGUCCAGCUGAGCCGGUUAGUUGACCCAUUCCCCCGGAGUCGUUCUCUCUGUAGACCAGAGGAAGAAGUGGCGUGUGUUCUCAUUCAGGUGCUUCUGUUCAACGGUAUUUCUAUGCGGCAAUUAACCAACCUAUCGCGGGAUGAUCCAAAACUAGUGCUUGCUCGUCUUAACUCCACUCUAAACACAACAAUACCUGAUAUAGACGGAAGAGAUACAAGGAUUUUUGAUAUUGCGCUGAAAGCUGUUGUUGGGUUUAUUUCAUCAUUGCAACAACGGACGCCUUUAGACGGGCAGAGGAGCAGGUUUAAGUCAGGAGAAAGCUAUGACAGCGAAGGCUCUGUGCCUGAUGAUUUGAGUGCCACGCCGAUAAAGGACCCAGAACUGCAGAUUCUUCAGGAUUUCCUUGUGAAAAGUUUGAAUCAGCAGAAUCCGCACAGUUACUCUAGGCUUACUCUGAUGAACAUCACUAACUCAAUGUGCUCCGUACUGCUAGCAGUAUUUAAAACUUAUGCAGGAAUCAAAUCUAGCUUCUGUUCUUCUCUGAACCCAGAGCAACGUGAGAACGAGUUGAAAAAGAAUCUUCUCAAGGAGACUAUUAGCGAGGCCCCUCCUGCGUGGAAAGGAUUUAAACUCCUGGACUUAAUCAGAAUUGCGGAUCUAUUCUUUAACAGAAGGACGGAGUACAAGGACAGUGCGUUUAUCAACCUGGAGAAUCAUUUCAUCAGUGCUCUCUCCAAUACCAAGAGGAACCUGGGGAACCAGGAAACCAGGAACCUCGCUCGGACCCUCGUCAUGUCUUUUGAAGAUAUUAGUUACACAUAUGAACGUCUGAUGAACCAGAUUUCAUCCGGGAACUCUAUGCUAACCCAGAGCCGGAUCCAGCAUGCGCUCAACCAGAGGUUCGGGACCCCGCCUCCCACCUGGGCAGGGUGUACAGUGGAGUUCGUUGUACAGGAAACUUUAGCGCAUUUUUCCUCCCUUGCAGUAAAGACGGAGGUGAAGCAGGAGAACUUUGGGAGAGGUGGAGGAGGGAGGGGAGGGAGGGGAGGCAGGGGAGGCAAUAAACGAUCGGAACCAUUUAAUUCUUCUCCAGGAGGGUUUGGGUUCGGGAGUAAAAGGAUCAAGGUUGAGGACGGGUGGAGAGGGUUUACGGAGGGGUUGGAGACAGAACUCCGGGCUCUUGUAGGAUACUGCAAUAGAGAAAAGGUGAAGGACAAGGCACUGAAAGAUUCUAACACACGAAGCCUUAUACAGGAGUUGGGAGAGAAGGUAGAGAAGGAACAGCUGAGCUUGAAAGUUGUGAGAACUAGGUUCAGGAAUAAGGACGCAUUUAAUAAGGAUCUCGAGACUAAGAAACUCUGUAACCAGAUCUUUAAAAAACCUUCAGGCAAAGACGGUUUCCUCAAAGCCCUGUUUCAGCGUUUCUGUUUGUACUUUGGUAAACCAGAACUUAUACAGGAGGACACCAAGGAUGCUGAUGAUGAUCCCGAAGAGAAGGAGAACACCAAUCCGAAUGUUACUCCAUACAUUGAGUCCAUAGAGAGCAUUCAGGCUAUUGUUGAUGAGUUAAAACAACGGUAUAGACGUUAUCUUCAAUGUUCUAAGAAGUACUGGAAUGAGUGUGAGAAUGCUACUAAAAAUGAUGAUAUUGACCGUCUUCACGAGUUCCUCCUGUAUUCACAACCAUUGCUGAAGCUUAACGUCAACACACAACGACAGACGCAUAUUACAGCUGAGAAGGUGGAGGACCUGAUUAAACACAUUCUGAGUCUUUGGAAUAUGGAAACACUUAGAUCUAAAAUUGAAUUGUUGUUUGGGGAGAAUCUGAAUAAGAAGGAGUUCCAAAAAAAGAUGAGCGAAAUGCUCAAGUCUGGAUCGUUCCCUGUCAGCUGUCAGCCUAUAUCUGGUCUUCUUGUAUCCUUAGUUGUUCAGUUCUACCAGCAGGCUCUGCAAUCCAUCCCACUACAUAAAUCCACUCUCAAGGUUCACAUGGAACUAGACGAAUCCAAUGCUCUUGGAGAACUCCAGGAGUACCUGUUCCACGUACAUCUGGAGGAGGCUGUACAGCUCCAAGCAGAAGACGACCUCCGUGGAUUCCAACUCCAGUAUGUUGAUAUCUCCAGGGUGUCAUCAAGGAUUCACUCCACCGUAAACUUCCUGCUGGACUGUGGAUUCAACCUGUACACCGCUAUAGAACAGUAUAUUAAGGGAACUCUUAGUGAGUGGUUGAACCAGAGAAUCAAGGGACAGGCGAUGAAGAAGCUAAGCCCGGCUGAAAGCAGUCUUCUUGUCAGACUUUGCCAUGAUUUCAUCGAUACUAAGAUAAAGGUGUCGCGGCCCCCCAGUCUCCCGACCAGCAAGUACCACAGGAGGAACCUCAAGCUCGAAAUUAUAUCCUUGAUUAACACCGGGGAGUUUAUCAAACCUAAAUACAAGAAUAAGGUCGUGGUGGAGAUGGUGUUGCCCCGGACCGAACAGGAGAUCCUACUCCCCCUCUCUCCGUCCUCCGGUCCUGCCGGAGUCAAGAUCGAGGCUCCGGAGCUAAGUAUGAGAGAUGAGAACCUCAAUCUGAAGAGAGAACUAGUUCCCGGAAAUAUUACUCUUAGUAAAGUUGUGAUAAUUCCUCCACAAUCAGAGAAAUCCUUCUACGCUGCUGUAACAGGUCUGCCCUGUCUGAAACCCCAGAGUGAGCUUUGUAUCAGUAUAUCGAAGGAAACUGCCAAACUCGGCCUGAGUUUGCGCGAACAGUUUUCUCCUCUUGAAUCUGAUUUAACAGUUCUGAUAAAAGUUGGGAACCCUGAUCCAGCCCGGGUUGUACAGCUAGAUCUGGGAAGUGUGGUUGCUCUAGCGCGGGCCCGGAAUCCUGCUGAUGUAGAGAGUGACAGCCCGGGCUUUUGUUUAGAAUUUAUCAGAUACUACUUCCUAACAGAGGGACUCAAGGAUAUCAACCUAAAGGGAAGCUUCUUCUGUUUUGGUCCAAAUAAUGAUAUUAAGAUAGACAAAGAUAGAAGAACAAAUUUCCGGAUCUCCGGUACUCCAUACUCAUGCGGGGUACAAGAUUAUUACACAGUGGAAGCUGUUCUGUAUUUCCUUCACCAAGUAGAGAACUUGGAUUAUCCUUACAACAACUACCUCCGCCUAGUACUGGGCAAUGGAACACAGCUGGUUAGAGAGAAGGAUUAUGUUCCCAUGUUUAAAUAUCUUCAUGGAGAAAUAGGAAUAUGUCCGGAGAUAGACAAAGAUUUCUCGGAGCAGCAGAACAAACAGCUCAGCUAUUUGUUUCUCAAGUCCAUGACAAUGGACAGUGGUCUCCAGUUGGGCAAUAUCAGAUCUCAGUUCAAGGAGGAAUACAAGGAGGAGGAGAAACCUUAUAUAGAGGUGACAGCUUUGAUAGAACCUGGAGAUAAUCCUAACCGUACCGUGGUUGCCAAACUCAAGGAGAUUCUCCUUCAUGAUUGGGGCAUAAAGUUACCACAGGCUCGAGAGAAGAUAGAGUUAAUGAUGUCCACCCUGAAGGAUGAGCUGGGGUUGAGUCUCAGCAGGAUCAGGGUAGAGUACUUCGGGGUUCCCAAGCAUAGAGACAUCUUCCAGCAGAUACUUGCAGACAAGCUAUGCGAGAAGCUACGUGAACAAGAUAUUGGAAGUGAGAGAAACCUUAAGGAGACGAUGGAUCUCACAAUUCAAGGAUUUAAAUAUAAAAAUAAUCCUACCAGUGUUCUGGAACUCUCUAGUUUCCUUGUAUUCGCUGAGAUAAUCCUGCCUGAUCUACCUGUCGGAGAUGACCGGCUUGAGGUUCUGAAUGGAAUACAGAGUCUAAAACAGCUCACUUCAGACAAUGAACCUGUGUGUCUCACAGAGGAGGAGGAGGGUAUCUUCAAGAAGAUUCGGGAUUUGAUUCCAAGAUUUAAUGGUUGUAAACCGGCCACAGCUAGUGGAGAGAUAAUUGUUUACGUUGGUGUUCACAAUGAUACACUCUGUAACCUUGUUGUACAACAUCAGGAGGUUGAAAAUAUGACCUGCCCCACCUUGAUCGGAGUAAACAGUCGAGUUUUGUCUCCUGGGGAGCAAAGAUUGCCCCUGGACGAGAAAUAUAUCCUUAGUGUACUCUGGGGAGUAACAAGCAAUAAGAUUAAUCUAUUCAGGGAGCAUUUUACUCUCAAGGUGUCGAGUCCCACCUUGGUCCUCAUGCUGACGGAGGAGGACGAGAUGACGAAGACAAGGUUCACGGAUAUCCAGGAGUUCAUGUUCAACACUGAGUUCGUCAAGAAGCAAGACAACCCGGCCUAUGCCCUGGGCUCGGUGAACUGUGAUGAAGCUGAGCUGAAACCUGUUGAUACAGUUGGACUCAUUCAUUCCCUUCUCCUGGACAUGCUCAACAUCAUGAAGCUCAACGCCAAGUCCAGGAACAAGUGGCUCAGGAUACAGAUGAGUAAAGAGAAGAGGGAGCUACAAGCUAAAGUAUCUCAGGCCCAAGAAGGAUCAGGUCUGGAGUAUCUGGACGAACUGGAACCUAAAAAAUCAGGGUUGCACAUCACUAGUUUGCAAUAUUCAGCAGUAACUGGUCCUGACUUUAUUGCUGCCACAUCAUCAACUGAUCAGGGAGAUGUUGAGACCAUGGAACAAUCUUUACCAAUGUUUCCCGAGGAAAGCUACCAACCCCUUUUUGAGAGUUUCUUCACCUGGUUGCAGAGGAACAAAGGAUUUGAGGCCUAUACAGCAGAACAGAUUGCAACUAAGGUGUUCACCAAGCUGCAUAUCUUCUCUGUGUCCUACAACAAGUUGAAGGAGGUUAUGAUGGAUCUGAGCAGGAACGGUGUAGAGGUGGCUCAAGGAGACGCUCAGCAAGUUCUGUCCGGGUUCCUGGACUCAUUUAGUCUCCCACAGUUUAAUCACAGGGAAGAUCUGAUACGGCUGAUAGUCGACCAUUUCUUCGCUGUUCUGAAGAUUAGAGCCAAGAUAACACUCAACCGUACUCUACAGUCUAAAACAAAGGACAACCUAAUUUGUCUGGAGGUUUCUGCUGAGGAUGUCGAGGAUGACCAAGCUCCUGCUGCUCCUCCUGCGGAGAAGGAAGAGGAUGAGAGGGAUGGAGACUGGUAUCUAGAUCUGCUUCACGAAGAGGAGGAGGGGAGGCGGAUGAACUGGGGAACUAGUGCAUCUCCUCUUCCAUCAGAUACUACUGCUCAGUCGUCCUUACCUUCACAGUUCCACUCAGAGGAGAACUCUGGAACUUUAGAGGAUUUUAUCCCGUUCUUUGAGAAGAAGAUUGCUGGUCUCAAUCGGAGAAAGAGGGAUUGGUUUAGAUCUAGGUCUAUCUCUGGACUAGAGUUCAAGAACUGCUGGACUAUUGCUGGUGUGGACUACAAGGUCCUAAAGUCCAACUACCUCAGCCACUCAGAGGAUUUGGGACUACUGACUAGCAGGAUGGAGGGACUACUUCGAGACUACAGGAGUGUACUUGUCAAGGAUGUUGAUAUUUCUCUCCUGAUCUCCUGGUCUAUCCUAUACUUGGAGCAGGAGGCAGGAGUCACCAACCUUCACACGGAGAACCAGAGGAACCAGCUCCUCACCAUCCAGGAGAACAUCAUCUCAAACCUGGAGUACAGGAACCUCAAGCAGUUCUUGGUCUUGGCCAUGUGCUUGGUGCAUAAGAUGAGGUUGCCCAAGGCAGAGAAAACAGCUGAGGAGUGCAUUCAAACAUGGAUUCUUCUAGGGUUCAGAAUACAAGAUUUAUCAGAUUUAUUCUCAGCUGCCGGGCAGAUUCCUUCCUGCUUAAACCUCUUCUAUUCCAGGAUGCUGAGUCAGCUGGAAAGUAUAUCCUGUAUUCUGUAUCCUACUGUUGAAAUUAAACUACUGGUUAAAUAUACUCUAGUUCACUACAGGGUUUCCGCUAAGGUUCAAGAGGUUUUGAGGUAUGGUGCUCCAGUGAGCGGAGGUCAAGAGGCCACUGAUCGGUUGACAUCUCUUCAGCCUCUGAUUACGCCGGCUAUUAACAGAAUGGAACAGGAGUAUAGAAAACCAGAUUCCAAAAUGGUUGGAACAAUUGCUAUGAAGGAACGGAUCCAAAUUCCCCCGGAGGAUUUCAAGGAAGUAAAAGUUAGAAUGACACUUGCAUUGAAAAGACCUUUACCAGAUGGAACCCCUAUCAGAAUUACAGGGAACGAGUUUAUGGAGUUGACCCAUGGUAAUGUGAAGGUUGAGGAACAGACCUGUAGGUUUACAGGUUUAGACCUGGAUAUUUGUUUAUCCAACAUAGAUACAACCUCUUCUGUAUCCUUCGGACACCCUUCCAAAAGUCUAGAUAUUGGUAUUGUACUGCUCGAUGUACUCACUGAGCGUGUAAACCUGGAGAAGAUGUGUACUGAGUUUGGUUUGGUUCUGGCGGAAGCAGGGUUCUCAUUCUUCUCCCUUGUACAUCUAGUACACGAUAUUGUUAAGGAAACACGUGGUGUGGAUCCAGAAAUACUGGUUCUAGGACUAGUUCAUGUUCUCCAAAAUAUUGUCAGGAAUCAUGAUGAGAAGAGUAACCUUUACAUGUUCCACUCUUUCAUUAAAUACGUCAUCAUCUCCUGUCUUAAGCAGUCUGUUAUAUCGGAGGUAAUAUAUUCGACCAUUUAUAUCGGAGGUGAUAUAUUCAAUCUUUUAUAUCGGAGGUAAUACAUUCAACCCUUU